AUGGUUUCCGCUUCCGAUCAAUCUAACUCUUACGGAUGUUGCAGAGAUCAUCAUAUCGGCUUUUACUUCAAACUUGGAUCAGCGGAACUCACAGAGUCUCUGUAUAAAGACAUAAUUGGCUCUAAUCAACUCAUUGUCUGAGUCGAUAAGGUUGAUGAUCCGAUCCUCAAAAAUAAUACUAACCACAACACUGUCUUCUUUCAUGUUAGUACCAUGGUUCAUGAGAGUUAAAUGGAAUACUUCAAAGUCCAAUGUACGUUGGGACUGGCUGUAUCUUCCGCCGAGAGCAACAGAGAGCAUCAUUGAUGGUUUGAAACGAGAAAGGUCGAGACUAUCUUUAAGGAAACCAAAAGCUUAGCUAUGAUAAAGAAAGAUGACAUCUCUCUCUCUCUUUGCCUAUGAAUGAAGAAUACAACAAAUAAUAUUAUGUGAUGGAGAUGUCUAAUCUUUGCUUCUCUUCUCCCAAAGAGAUUUGGUUACUCAAAAUCUCUUUCGUUUUCCGGUAGCUGAUAGUUUAGUUUCUGGUAACUAAAAAUGUAGUGGAAGGAUUGGCUUUCCCUUCUUAUACGAGAUUCUGUGUGUGUGUGUGGCAUUUGAUGUCUCAUGUUGGAGACGUGGUCUUGUUUAGAGUGUUUUUGUUUGGUUAUGUUCUUCUGUUGAUCUUUCUUUAUGUAAAUCACACAAGACAAUAAGAAACAGAUACAUAGUUACAACU